UUAGCGGUUGCUGUUAGUAUUAUUUUAGCUAGAAGCAAUAUCGGAUCAUUGAGUGCAGAGUAGAACGCGUUUGAAAUCGUGGAAAAGAAAAAGAAAAUAAACUUUGUCUAUCACAUUAUCAAAAACGACUUUAAAAACGAACGAGGUUAUAUCUGGCUUGUGGCGAAAUUCUUAUAUUCUACAUCUACGGAUUCGAAUCUACACUUAUAACGGCUUGAAGUGGUAGUUCACCAAAGUGAACUUUAUUCAUUCAGAUUAAUUAUAGGCUUUAAAAAUUUUUACAUUCUAAUUUGUGUCUGCGCGAACAUUUAUUGUUUUUUUAAUUGAAUCCGCCUGAGUGGCCGAGUCGGCAAAGGAUCUCCACUAACCGCUCAAUAGUCAAGGAUUCAAAUCUCAAGUGCGGCAGACUUUUCAAUAAAGCUAGCGCUUUAAGAGUUAAUGAACUUACAAUUUAUUUCUCUGGCUAAACUAAUCAUAACAAUAAUAAGAGAUUGAAAUAAUCUCAAAUAUAUAUAAAAAUUUUCAACAAAUUUUUGUAAUUGUGUCGAAAUUUCCAACAUCCAUCGUAUCAAACUGCAAAGUACACUGUUGGUUUUAGUUUAAUAUCAGUUGCGCUUCGCAAAUUUCAAGGUAUCGUCUGCAGAGGAUAUAAUUUUAGGGUGUCGCGCGCCCAUUCCCAAACUUGUUUAAUGGUCUUCGAUUGAGAAUACAAACGUUAAGUUUCAGCUUCCUAUCUGGAUUUUUGGGCCGUGGAAUCAACCGAAUUCGAACGAAUGAGGUAAAAGAGCAGAUUGAUCAAGCGGUUGAACAAAAAUUUUACAAACGCAAGUGUAAAUUUAUCAUAACAAUUUUCUUUGGUGAUCAAUAGAAAAAACUAGAUGAUUUACGUGCCUGAGGUGAGGGUAACCUGGAUUUGUUCUAAAUCAAAAUUUUCAAUCCCUCAGAGGUCCUCGCAUAUUUUAUUAUUACAAGAUAAGAGGGAAAUGAAAACACAAAACCUAAAAAUUCUCACAAAAACAAAUGCAAUAAAUUUAACAUGCCCAUCUUACGAUUGCAAUAACGAAAAGAUAAAAAAACAAAACAAACGAUGUAAGAAAUUUAUACUCACGCAUUAUACAUACAAUGCAUAUAAAUGCUGAUAUCUAGAGCUGCUUUGUAGCAGCCUAAAGUGCUAUGUGCCUAUUAUACUUGUUUACUAUACUGUUGAGUUGAUCUCAAAGCCGGUCGGUCUAAAAUAGAAAAUAAUUAAAAAUAAUAAUACAUAUGACUGAUGCUUAAGCAUAUGUUCGGUUCGUUCAUUUGUUCUUCACAGGUAUACAAAUACAAAACAAAAGAGUGCAAAUUUCGAACUUGCUAAGGUGAGCCAGCUAGUUGCACAGUGACAUUAAUUGUUGAAGAUAUAUCCAAAAUAUGGAACAAAAUUCUGACAAUGUCCCAAGUUCAUCCUCAUCAGUGCGUAAAUCCGCUCCAUCAACACGAUCGUCACGGUCUCCUUCGCCCGGAUACCCUACCUUCCUUACAGCAUCAAAAAAAUCUGAUCCAAAUGUACCACGCAGAGCGGCAAACUAUCAGUUCGAGUGCACAUUGCAAACCGAGAACAAUCAUCAGUCCGAUAAAGUUAUAAUUGAAAGCAAUGCACAGUCAAACACCCAAAACAUAUACUCUGCCCAGCCAAAAUCUAGGGACUUGCGAUCAUUCGUAAGGCUAGAUGAUUGCAAUCAGAGCGUAGGGUUAGUUUCUCAAAAAAUGAAUUCGGAAAAUAGUACCACUAUCAUAACCACUAACUCAUGUUUGCGCAACAACUUCGACAACGAUGCUCGAGUAAAUACAACAACAGCUUUCCCCUCGAAUCUACAGGAUCUUUCGUUUCAAAUAAGCAGUCGUUGCUCGCAUCCCUUAUGUGAUGCUCUAGAAAAUGCAAAGGCGAUAGAACAAAUUCCUACAGAAUACUUUGAGAAGCAGCUGCAAAAAUAUUCGAACUCCGACUUGCUUGUUGGAGAUUCAGCCAAACUUAGUGAACAAAUUAAUGGAGUAUUUUUAAACCGUUUGCAAGAUAUUGACAAUAACGCGGACGGUCAUAGGGACUUAAAAUUGAUUACAUACCAGGAGUGGGUGGACAUACUUCUUAAAAUAAACCAAUCAAUUAUCACUAAUAUGGAAGAGCUGGAGUCGGAGGUGGCUGAACGUUUGCAAUGUUUGCGACAAAAAGUGAACACCGAUUGCCGUCGCAGCCAAAGCGAUGAAUUGUUAAAAUGUCGCCAAGACAUCAAUUCUUUAAUUAGGAUCGUCCAGAAUGCUUAUCAUAACGAUACAUGGGAUUUUCAAGGUCUAUCCUUCGAAACUAUAUCGUUGUCUCAAAUACUGUGCGACGGUGAAACAGAGAGAAACGGACAAUAUAUGCGCAACACCGAUACAGUAAUUGAAACGAAAAAACAACUGGGACUAGAACAAAAGCACAAGCUACACUGCAAUAUAAAGGCUUUGGCCGUCGAGGUUGCCGAGAAACAUGACGAGAUUCAAGCGCUCAAGAGACAGGUGGUGUGCAUGGAAGACGAAAUGCAAAAUGCGCAAAAAAAAAUACAACUUAAAGAAGAAAUUAUUAAAGAGCUGCGCAGCGACCUGAAGUGUACUAAUGCCAAGCUUGUUUCCCGAAGUUGUCUUCAAGCUAAUUUCGAUAUGGCGCCAGUUAAUUUGGAAAAUCAGACAGUAGCUCGUAGUGACGCCGCACAAGGCGCCGAAUGUAGUGCGUUGACGCUAAUUGGUGAUUGUUGUACUCAAUUAGACACCUUGAGUCGCAGCGAGAGUAUAGAACAGCAAAAACUGAAAAUGCUGGAAGAUGAGUUAAACGAAUACUUCAAAAUGAAUGAAGAAUGCAAUAAGCAAAAAUUGGAAACGCAUCGUAAACACUUGUUGGAUAUCUUUCAAAAAUCGGAAAUCGAAAAAAUUGAAGCCUGUCGCAAGCUGGAUUUUAUUCGGCGCAAAUUAAUGGAUUUGGAGGCUUCGGCUGCUGAGGCCAACUACGAUUGCGAUACGGGAUUUAGUAGUAACAGCGAAAAUGAUAAAGAUUUCAAAAUUGUUGAGUCUGUACGUAAUCGUUUGCGCAAAUUGAGUGAAACAGGUUUUGAAUUAAAAAAAAGGGUACAAAAAUUGGAACUGGAAAAUAACGAACUUGAAACGAGUUUAACAGCUGAAAAAGAAUACUCCGAGUGCAAUAGUCGAACAUUAAAGCAAGUUGCUGAUUUGCUAUGCAGUAUGAUAAAUAAACAAUUCUCCUACACGGAUAUCUAUAAUAAAGAAUGCACUAUAAAUCCAUUUUGUGACGCUAUCGUACAAAUCAAGGGACAAUAUCAGGAACAAGAAAGUCAAUUAUUCCGCGCUCUCGCUUUAAAGAAUAAAAAGAUUGAAGAAUUAGGAAAAGCGUUGCUUGACAGAGAAAGAGAGUACAGCGAUAUGAGAAGAAGUGUUAUGAGCGAAAGCAUGAGAUGUCAACUUGAGCACAUGCAGCAUGCAAUUGCCGAACGUGAACAGAAGAUUUUGCAGCUUAGUGCGAUGUUGGCUCGAGUUUCUCAUAAACAUCAAGGUGAGCCAAUUAACGCUGUGGAAUAUCGUGGACCGAUGCAAUCAAUGCAACCAAUGCAACCAACGCCACCGACGACACUUUCGAUGCCAAUACCAGAUAAUAAGACAAUACAUUUGGAGAAGAGGGUUAAACACUUGGUCAGUGCACUGGACAGAUCACGAAAAGAGGAGAAUUUUCUGCGCUUAGAAACGCGGAAGCUUAAUGAAGAGCUGAACGAAAGUAAGAAGAAGAAUGAGGACUUAACUACUCAAACGAACCGUUUGGCUUCUCUGCUAAAAACUCAAGAAAAUCACCGCAUGGAGUUGGCUUGUAAAUAUGAAUCGUUGGAUAAGAGUUUCGAGGAUCAGUCGAAAAAACUGCGCGCAGCUACCGGGCAAGUGCGUUUGCUGAACGAUCGCUUUCAGUUAUUGGAAAAACGUCAGUGCGAACUUAAUAUGGAGCGCAAUUUAUUGCGUGAAGAAGUAAUGGCUUUAAAAGAAAAAGAAGCAGUUCUUAUGGGCCGCCAAAAGGCGAUGGAAGAGCAAUUAAUUAAAGCAGAAAAGGAAAUGUAUACCGCUCACGAUGUAGUUAAAGAGCAACAAAGUAUUCUGCAGCGUUCUGAGAAUAAUCAUAGAGAAGUGGUUAAACGUCUCCAAGAGGCCAACAAUGAAAUGAGACAAAAAAUGUGUUCUCUUAUGCAACAAUAUAAGAAUCUUGAGGGGGAAUUUGAAAAACAACGAGGUGCGUUUAAUAACAGUGAGAAGCUGAUUGAAUCAUUUCGUAAAUGGAAAGAUGACCAGCAAAAGACCGAAGAACGAACACGUGAUACGUUCAAGCAAUACGAAGAUCAUAUACGACUUUUGCUACAAGAGAAGCAACGUUUCGUCGAACAAUAUCGUGAACUUCACCGCGAUUACAGUGCAAUACAAAGUGAAUUGGAUCGGAUAAGAAUAUGCUCCAUCAGCAUGUCUGGCUAUAAUCUGUCGCAAACUCUCUCCGAAAAAUCGAUCGAGCAGAUUGAUGUUAUACGCCGAACAACACGUCGCCUUGAGGAACAAAGUUCUUCCCUCAAGGGAGAAGUUGUUUCAAAAAUCGGUUCGUUUAGCAGCUUUAAGCAGAUCGAAGAAACUUAUGAUUAAAAAAUACUUGCCGACGCGCUGUUGCAACUAUGUUUAAAUGACAUCACUGCGGAAACUUAUGUAUUUAUAUUCAUUCUUCCACAUAAACUACAUAGCGUCCAAACCUAAUUUCAUUGGACACGAACACAAACACACAUUUCUUAUAUACACUAUUAUAUUAUCUAUUAAUGUUUAGUUUUUCGUUGUUAUGCAAACACUUUGUCGAUACAAAUGUUUAUGUAGAUGUUCAUAUAUUUGAUAGCCUCUUUCUAUGUA